CUCUGAGCCACACAUCCAGGCACCAGGACCUGCAGUCCAAUGGUGCCUUCGUCCUCCCAGUCACACUGUUCACUUGGCCCCACAAAAGCCAGGGCUGCACUGGGAGAGGCCAAGAGGCCCGGUGAGUCCUGGCAGGUGGCAGCGGGACCGAGGGUCAGCGGCGGCAGCCCCUCGCCCGGCCCCCUGGAGCCAGGUGAGGCUCCUUAACCAACAUCAGCCUUUCCUGCCGCCACCCUCCCCUGAUCCUCCCACUCUGGGCUUCAGCCAGGCCAGGCACCAGGACCGGGAGCCAGCAUCUCGGGUCCCCGGCCAUGGCGUCUCUGGAGAGAAGCCCAUGGGAGGCUGACUGAGCCCUGGCGCCAUCACCUUCCUGCCAUGUUGGAGACGUCACUGGCGGGAAAGGAGUGCAGCAGUGAGCCGAGCUCCUCGGCUGUCGGCUCGAAGUCCUCCUCGGCGAGCAGCCACAGCCUCACUCCGGACAAAGGGCAGCCUGCAGGGGAGGCUGCCGGACUCUCGAUGGUGCAAACCUUGAUCCACCUGUUGAAAUGCAACGUUGGCACAGGGCUCUUGGGGCUUCCUCUGGCCAUAAAAAACGCCGGCUUACUGGUGGGUCCUUUCAGCCUGCUGGCCAUCGGCGUCCUCACCGUGCAUUGCAUGGUCAUCCUGCUGAACUGCGCUCAUCACCUCACGCAGAGACUACACAAGACUUUUGUGAACUACGGCGAGGCCAUGAUGUACAGCCUGGAAACCUGUCCGAACCCCUGGCUGAGGGCCCACUCUGCAUGGGGAAGGUACAUCGUCAGCUUCUUACUAAUCAUCACGCAGCUGGGCUUCUGCAGUGUUUAUUUUAUGUUUAUGGCAGACAACUUGCAGCAGAUAGCGGAAGAAGCCCAUGUCACCUCCAGGACCUGCCAACCCAGGAAGAUCCUGGUGCUGCGGCCCAUCCUGGACAUCCGGUUCUACAUGCUCAUAAUCCUGCCCUUCCUGAUCCUACUGGUGUUUGUCCAGAACCUCAAGGUGCUGUCCAUCUUCUCAACAUUGGCCAGCGUCACCACCCUGGGGAGCAUGGCUCUGAUCUUUGAGUAUAUCGUACAGGGGAUCCCAUUUCCCAGCGACCUUCCCCUCAUGGCCAACUGGGAGACCUUCUUGCUGUUCUUCGGCACAGCACUCUUCACGUUUGAGGGUGUCGGCAUGGUUCUGCCUCUCAAGAACCAGAUGAAGAAUCCACAGCAGUUUUCCUUUGUUCUGUACAUGGGCAUGUCCCUGGUCAUCAUCCUCUACAUCUUCUUGGGGACACUGGGCUACAUGAAGUUUGGGGCAGACACCCAGGCCAGCAUCACCCUCAACUUGCCCAACUGCUGGUUGUACCAGUCGGUCAAGCUGAUGUAUUCUGUUGGCAUUUUCUUCACCUAUGCCCUCCAGUUCCACGUCCCAGCCGAGAUCAUCAUCCCAUUCGCCAUCUCCCAGGUGUCAGAGAGCUGGACACUGUGUGUGGACCUGUCUGUGCGCACGGCCUUGGUCUGCCUGACCUGUGUCUCCGCCAUCCUCAUCCCCCGCCUGGACCUGGUCAUCUCCCUGGUGGGCUCCGUGAGCAGCAGCGCCCUGGCCCUCAUCAUCCCGCCCCUCCUGGAGAUCACCACCUUUUACUCUGAGGAUCUGAGCUGUGCCACCAUUGCAAAGGACAUCAUGAUCAGCAUCCUAGGCUUUUUGGGGUGCAUAUUUGGGACAUACCAAGCCCUCUAUGAUUUGAUCCAACCCGUCAACCAUUCCAUAGCCAACUCCACAGGUGUCUAUGCAUAAUUCUCUAUUUUUAUUCUAACAGCACUCCCUACCUCCCAUCCCUGUUUGACUGCCAUGUGGAUGCUAUAUAUAUAUUCAUCAAACCCCAACAUCUCUAUCUUAAUUAGUGACUUCUUUAUCUUUCCAAGAAAAAUAUUUAAAAGACGUAGGUUAGGAUGGAUGCCUCUCAAGAGACGCCUGUUUUGGUUUUGGAUUUCUUCUGUGGCCUUUGUACCUCUGAUCCAAAAUCAGAUUCAACCAUUCUUAUUAUCAGCUUCAUUUGGGAGAAAAGUGUCACUGGGGGGCCAGCACUGUGGCACGAUGGGUUACACCAUCGCCUGCAAUGGCAGCAUCCCAUGUGAGCAUCAGUUCAAGUCCCAGAUGCUCCACUUCCAAUCCAGCUUCCUGUUCAUGCACCUGGAGUAUCAGCGGAAGUUGGCCCAACUCACCCUGUGGGAGAGCUGAAUGGAUUUCCAGGCUCCUGUCACCCACGUGGGAGAGCUGCAUGGAUUUCUUUGGCUUGGCCCUGCCCUAGCUUUUGCAGUAUUUGGGGAGUGAACCAGCACAUGGUCUCUUCCUCCCUCUCUGUUAACUCUGCCUUUCAAAUAAAUAAAUCUUUUUUUAAAUAUGUCAUUUGUCCCAAUAUCCUAGAAACUGACCAAGUGUAAAUGUAACAGAAAUUGUUUACUUUCUAGUGCCAGGGCUACCAUUCAAGCGUCAGAUAUGGAAGAGUAUACAUUGAGGGAAGCAGGCUUUGCUCAGCUAUUCUGAUAGGAAGAGUCACAGAGCAGAACCAGAACUGAGCAGUCGUUUGUCCAGACUCGAGCUCUGGGCUGAUUUCCUAUGGGGCAAUGGGCAAUUUCCCCAAAGUCUCAGUCUCAGUCAUCCUGGCUGUGAAGUGAAGAGUUGGAUUAAUUGACUAUUAAGAGCUCUUUCUACUCUGACACUCUGAAAGUGAAAAAAAUAAGUUAAUUUUUCCUCUAACCACGUGUGUGUGAACAAACAAGUUUCCCAUCAGCUAGUUCUCUGUUGCCCUGGAGGUAGCAGCUGGCUGAGGGAUAACAGUGUAUUUUCUAGUAAUCUUCCAUGCCAUGUGUGUCUGGCAGGGACACCUAGAUUCCUGUUAAUGCCUCCAGGAGUGACUUUCUUCCCUGGAAGGAGAUAACUUUCCUUUUUGUUUUUUCCUUCUCUGAUAUCUUAAAGCCACUUAGAGCUAAUUUAGGCUGAUGGGGACGAGCAGAAGGAUUCUGUAGUCAUGUGCAAAGACUGUUGAUCUGCAAUUUAAAUACCGGUUUAGUCUUGGAAAGAAUUUUGAAAACAGCCUUAAACUCUGCAAACAGGGGCGUCCCUUUUGCUAUGGCUUUUCUUAAAGACCGUUUUAUAAAAUGUAAGUCUUAAAAUGUGUAACCCUUGGGACCGGCACUGUGGCAUUGAAGGUUAAGCUUUGGCCUGCAGUGCUGGCAUCCCAUAUGGAUUCUGGUUUGAGUCCCAGCUGUUCCACUUCCAAUCCAGCUCCCUGCUAAAGAGCCUGGGAAAGCAGUGGAGGAUGGCCUCGAAGUACUUAGGCCCCUGCACCCGCCUGGCUGGAAGAGGCUCCUGGCUUCGACCUGGGAGAUGAAGAUGAAAGCUUGUUCUCUCUAUUUCUCUCUCCCUCUUUCCCUCUCUCUCUCUCUCCCUCCCUCCCCUCCUCCCUUUCUUUCUCUCUCUCUAUUUCUGCCUUUCAAAUAAAUAAAUCUUUUUUAAAAAACUAUAAUCCUCUAAUCUACCAAUUUCACUUCUGGAAUUUAUCCUAAGAAUCUUUUGUAUUUACAAAGAUGAAUACAAAAGGAGAGUUUGUAUAUUUUUUUAAAAGAUUUAUUUAUUUAUUUGAAAGACAGAGUUAUAGAGAUGAAGAGACAGAGGAAGAGAGAUCUUCCAUCUGCUGGUUCACUCCCCAAAUGGCCUCAACAGCCAGAGCUGGGCCUAUCUGAAGCCAGGAGCCAGGAGCCUCUUCCAGGUCUCCCAGGUGGGUGUAGAGGCCCAAGGACUUGGGCCAUCUUCCACUGUGUUCCCAGGCCAUAGCAGAGACUUGAAUCAGAAGUGGAGCAGCUGGGACUCAAACCGGCGACCAUAAGGGAUUCCAGCGCUGCAGGCCAGAGCUUUAACCCACUGCGCCAUCCGCCAGUCCCAAGUCUGUAUCAUUUCUAAUCAUGAGAAACAAACUUCCCAUAUUAGGUUAAAUAAAUCAUAAUUCAUCCAGAAAAUAGUAUGAUGCCCCUAAUGUUGCAAAAAUGUAUCCAUUUUCUGUUGCUAUGAGAGAAUUGCUGAGGUUGAGGGACUUGUGAGGAAUACAGGUUUGUUUUGGCCUGCAGCUCUGGAGAUGGGAAGCCCAGAGCCUGGAGCCUGCGCUGCUUGGGUUCUAAUGAGGGCCUCCUGGUGGAAGGGCAGGUGGGUGCUUGCCGAAGAGACAGGACAAGGCCAGCCACAUACCCAAUCCAGUCCUACCGGAGCUGCGCGGAUGACCUCAUCCCCUCUGAAAGGCCUUACUGUCUCUCAACACUGUCACCUUGGGAACCACAUGUCAGCAUGUAUCUGGAGGAGACAAGCUGUAUCCAAACCAUAGCCAGCAGUAAAAAUGUUUCUAUGUAGUUUCAUCUGUUAACAUUUUAUAUACCACAGUAUAGUGAUCAAA